GCUUCAAUCAAAUACGACGAUUCAAAUCCAAACACUCUCUUCUAAUCAGAAACCCUAAACCUUUGAUCCGAUAAUUCAACCCACACAAAAUGUCUACACUUGCAGCUGCUAGAGCCGACAACUUUUAUUAUCCUCCGGAAUGGACCCCGAAUCAGGGCUCUUUGAACAAGUUCAAUGGUCAACAUGCUCUGAGGGAGAGAGCACGGAAACUGGAUCAGGGAAUUUUGGUCAUCAGGUUUGAGAUGCCUUAUAAUAUAUGGUGCGGUGGGUGCAAUUCUAUGAUUGCAAAGGGUGUUCGGUUCAAUGCUGAAAAAAAGCAAGUGGGAAACUAUUAUUCAACAAAGAUAUGGAGCUUUUCCAUGAAGGCUGCAUGCUGCAAACAGGAGAUUGUUAUUCAGACAGAUCCGAAGAAUUGCCAGUAUGUGAUUAUUAGUGGGGCUCAACAAAAGACUGAGGAUUUUGACAUUGAGGAUGCAGAAACCUUUGCACUUCCUGCAGAAGAAGAAAAAGGUAUGCUCGCAGAUCCAUUUUACCGUCUUGAACAUCAAGAAGAGGAUCUGCAAAAGAAGAAAGAAGCUGAACCAGUGCUUGUCCGCUUGCAAAGAAUUUCUGAUGACAGGCAUUCAGAUGAUUAUGCCCUUAACAAGGCUCUCAGGGGCAAACUUAGAUCUCAAAAGAAAAGAGUCGCUGAAGAAGAGGCUGCUUCAAGGAAAAUGGGCCUCCAUAUACGACUGCUUCCAGCGGCAGAAGAGGAUACUGCAACUGCAUCACGGGUGAAGUUCUCUACCAAGUUUGACAGAAAUAGGAAGGAUAAGCGAGCUUUGAUCAAUGCUUCAUCAAUCUUUCCUGGGUCAUCUGGGACUUCUAAGAAAGCCUUGGAACUGGAAUCUAAGAGAAGGAAAAUAAGUGCUGCAGCAGCAUCUAGCUUACUUGCUGGGCGAGUCAAGCCUUCAUCUUGGUCUCAGAAUUCUGUUUCUUCAAGCAGGCACAAUGGCGCUGCAGUCAAAGUGAGACGCUUCUAGCUAUUAUGAUUGUUUCUGAAUGAGGGAAGAGAACUUCUGGUUCACGAGAAGUCAUGAAAUCAUUCCCUUUGCAGUUGGCUUGUAAAGCUAUAGGUGUGAAUUCCACUUAUGAUAUUGCCUGAAUGCAUGAACAAUUUUCAUGUUCUCUUCUUAGUUUAAAAGAGUGUACGAGUUAAUGACUAAAGAGGGUAUUCUCUGUUGUACAGAAUCAUGUUAAAAUAAUCAAAAUGAUAUGGUGUUAGAUCACCGCUGGCUUCCUUUC